CGGCGGGAGGCGCCUUCCGCUCCCCCGACCUCUCACCCGGCGGCGAUCGGCGGCACAACACGGAAGCGCGAUGGCGGCGGCGGCUGAGGAGGCAGCGGGAAGCGGCGGCGGCGGGUCGCCGUCCUCCGCCCGGCGGCGGCUGCGCAUCAUCUCCGGGCACCUGCGGGGCUCGCCGCGGGCGGCGGAGCGGGAAGCGCUCUCCCCGAACCCCUGCAAGGCGCAGGGGGGCUCCGCCGGGCCGGCCUCCGGCUCCAUCCCGAAGAAGCGGCAAGAACUUCUGAAGUGGAAUGGAUGGGGAUAUAAUGACUCCAAAUUCAUCUUCAAUAAGAAGGGUCAAGCAGAAUUCACAGGAAAAAGGUACAGAUUAGGUGGUAUGAUAUUACCAACUUUUAAGGAAUGGAUAGAAAAAACCUUUGGAGCAAGUCUGGAGCACAAAACUACCUCUAGAGCAUCCUUAAAUAUUAAUGAUGUACCUCCAUCCACUGUAAAUGAAGAAUUUCUUCAGGAUCUUAGAGACACUAAAAUCUCAUAUUCGCAGGAUGCAGAAGAUAGGGUAUUCAGAGCUCAUGGUCACUGCCUCCAUGAGAUAUUUAUACUCAGGGAAGGAAUGUUUAAGCGAAUUCCCGAUAUAGUUGUAUGGCCUGUGUGCCAUGAAGACGUAGUUAAAAUUGUGGAAUUAGCCUGCAAACACAAUCUCUGCAUAAUACCAUUUGGUGGAGGGACAAGUGUCUCUAGUGCCCUUGAAUGUCCUGAAGAAGAAAAAAGAACAAUUGUCUCACUGGAUACAUCACAAAUGAAUCGGAUUCUCUGGAUAGAUGAGAAAAACUUAACAGCUUGUGUGGAAGCAGGCAUUGUUGGACAAGAUCUGGAAAACCAGCUUGCUGAAAGUGGCUUCUGCACAGGCCAUGAACCAGAUUCCAUGGAGUUCAGUUCACUAGGAGGAUGGGUAGCAACAAGAGCAUCAGGCAUGAAAAAAAACAUCUAUGGAAACAUUGAAGAUCUGGUGAUUCAUAUAAAAAUGGUAACUCCUAGAGGAAUAGUAGAAAAAAACUGUCAAGUACCUCGCAUGUCAACAGGACCUGAUAUCCAUCACUUCAUUAUGGGAUCUGAAGGAACUCUUGGAGUGGUUACUGAAGUUACGAUAAAGAUUCGCCCAGUCCCUGAAUACCAGAAGUAUGGCUCUGUGGUCUUCCCCAACUUUGAACGAGGGGUGGCCUGCUUAAGGGAAGUGGCAAAGCAGAGAUGUGCUCCUGCAUCAAUUCGCCUUGUUGACAAUGCACAGUUUCAGUUCGGUCAUGCUCUUAAACCACAAGUUGCUUCCAUAUUUACGUCAUUUUUGGAUGGACUGAAAAAAUUCUACAUCACAAAGUUUAAAGGAUUUGAUCCCAACAUACUGUGUGUAGCUACGUUGCUCUUUGAGGGUGACAGAGAGAAGGUUCUUCAGCAUGAAAAGCAAGUCUAUGAUAUUGCCACCAAAUUCGGUGGCUUGGCAGCAGGAGAAGAUAACGGACAGAGAGGAUAUAUGCUGACAUUUGUCAUUGCUUACCUUCGGGACCUGGGCCUGGAUUACUAUGUAAUAGGAGAAUCAUUUGAGACAUCUGUUCCUUGGGAUAGGGUUUUGGACCUCUGUAGGAAUGUAAAGGAAAGGAUAGUAAGAGAAUGCAAAGAAAAGGGUGUUCAGUUUGCUCCUCUUUGCACCUGCAGGGUGACACAGACUUACGAUGCAGGUGCAUGUGUCUACUUCUACUUUGCCUUUAACUACAGAGGAAUUAGUGAUCCUAUUCAUGUUUAUGAACAAAUUGAGAGGGCUGCUAGAGAAGAAAUACUUGCCAAUGGAGGAAGUCUGUCACAUCACCAUGGAGUAGGCAAAUUGCGGAAGCGCUGGAUGAAGGAGAGCAUCUCUGAUGUUGGUCUGGGAAUGCUGAGAUCUGUUAAAGAAUAUGUGGACCCCAAUAACAUCUUUGGAAACAAAAAUCUUUUAUAAAGCCCUGCACAACAUGAUGUACUAAAACUUCAAAAUUACUGCUGAAAUUCCUCCACUUUCAUUGUAUUGAUAUCCCAGUAAUCAAAUAUAACAUAGACUAAACUUUAAAAACUAGUAACUUACGUUUAUUUUUGCCACCCCCUUCCCCCUCCCCCUAAUAAAGUUGAAACAUCACUGUUAA